GCCCCAACAUAAUCAUUUGCCAUUGGGCGAAAAGAUGCCUACAGCAAAGAUGCCCUCACUUAUUGUUUCACAUAUGUACGGGGAAGACAUGAAAAUAUCGAAAAUAUUGCGGCGUCUGCAAUCAGAAAACAAUGCGACAGCUGCAUUGGAACUUUGCAACAAGUUGGAAAUAGGUGUGCGGGCGCAACCAAAUGCGACAUACAUAUGCCGUAGCUUCGAUUUACUAAUGGAAAAUAUGAUUACCGUGCUGAAACAAUGUCCGGAAGAGUGUUUAGAAAAAGCAAGCACAAUAAUGGGACUGAUGGGCUAUAUUAAUCGCAAUGAUUUCCCAGUCUACAAAAAUUAUGUGAUUAAAGCGUACCAAUCGUGUAAAUCGAUACGAAAAUAUGUGAUGCUUGCGUUGAAAACCACAUUCAGUUGCGAUGCAGUUAAUUUGGAUUUAAGUGUGUACAGCGAACGCUUUUUGGCAGUACUAAAAGUCUACUUGGAAAAUGCUGAAAUAGCCGGAAUCUUUAUAGCCGUCAGUGAGACGAUUACAGAGUUUUCAAAGCAUUACAAGCGUGCUUUCGAAGUACAUUUUAUGGAUAUUGUCGACAUUAUUGUCGGUUGGCAUUUAGAGGUCGAACAGCCGGCUAACCUUAAAUUACACUGUUCCGUUGCAUUGCAACAAUUUGCGCCAUACUUUCUGAAAGAAUUGGAUUUCACAUUUCGGCUAUUGGGACAAUUUUUAGAGGACAUCGUGACAUUGGGUGAUGAAAUUUCGCAUGCCCCAUCACCAACAGACUCGCUAAGUGGCGAGGUAGACGCAAAAAAUCAACAAAACAAAGUAGAACUGCGUAUCGGUUGCUUUAUUGGUGCAUUCAACUCAAUUUUGAAAACCUUAGCGAAUCGCGUCGAAUUUGUUGGCAUGAUUGUGGGACAUAGUAUUGUGAAUGAAGCGGCAAUGACAAUAUCCAAAACAGCUGAACAAACGCUAACAAUGACAUUAGCAAGUGAAGAUACCAUAAUGAAUAUUAAUGACUUUUUCUGUCUACUCUACACGAACAGUUACGAUAUUAUUAAUAUGGUGAAUAUAGAAGAGUUAAUAGCGCUACAAAUGAAACAACUGAAUUUAUUUAGUGAUGCACAUAAGCAAAGCUUACUUUACCUGAUACUUUGCGUGUUUCGGCAGCUGCGCACACAACUGCCACUAUCCACCGUCACUUUGGUGUUUGAAACUACACACAAUCCGCUGGCCACUAUCAAAUUCACCAAUAACGACAAGCUGCGUCGCCUCUUUCUGAAGGUGUACCACGAAAUUUUAAUGAUAAAAAAUGUGCCAUUACUGCAGGAGACCUAUCGCCAUGUGACCGCCGAUAUGUAUAACGCAAUAGCGACGCUGGAAGCAUAUGACGACGAUACCGCUACUGGUCAAAUCAGUAAGGUGUUGCGCGCUGAGGCAACACUUAAUUUUUAUCUGACCGCUUUGUCGGCCUUGGCCACACAAACAUCGUCCAUCAUCAGCAUGUACGCGCUAUAUCCUUCGAUUUUGGAACUAUUAAUUACGAACUGCAAGGCGGGUGCUACACACUUGUGGCUACGCCAUCCAACAUUGCAUAACGCGUUGCUCAGUGUGCUUGUCGUGCACUGCCAGAAGAAUCACAAUUUUCGGCCGACAUCGCGUUUGCUUCGGGAACCACUUUUUGCGCCGAAACACGCGUUGGACGAAAACAACUCACCCACAUCGGAGAAUUUCAGUUUGAUUUUACAAUUUCUCGCUGGCAUUUUGAGCGCUGCGAAACGUGACUAAUAAAACUUUGCA